CGAACCCGCCGCCCCGCCCGGCGGCUACUUAAGUGGCUCCCGCAGCGUCGCCGCCUCAGUGCGUUACUUACCUCGACCCUUUGCCUGUCGAGGACGGUAACCGGCCCGGCGUCUGCUUCCCGUCUGCUCCUGCAUCUGCUACCCCGAACCCGCCAUGCGUGAGUGCAUCUCCAUCCACGUUGGCCAGGCUGGUGUCCAGAUCGGCAAUGCCUGCUGGGAGCUCUACUGCCUGGAACACGGCAUCCAGCCUGAUGGCCAGAUGCCCAGUGACAAGACCAUUGGGGGAGGAGAUGACUCCUUCAACACCUUCUUCAGUGAGACGGGCGCUGGCAAGCAUGUGCCCAGGGCAGUGUUUGUAGACCUGGAGCCCACAGUCAUCGAUGAAGUUCGCACUGGCACUUACCGCCAGCUCUUCCACCCUGAGCAGCUCAUCACAGGCAAGGAAGAUGCUGCCAAUAACUAUGCCCGUGGCCACUACACCAUUGGCAAGGAGAUUAUUGACCUCGUCUUGGACCGAAUCCGGAAGCUGGCUGACCAGUGCACAGGGCUUCAGGGCUUCCUGGUUUUCCACAGCUUUGGUGGGGGAACCGGUUCUGGGUUCACCUCUCUGCUGAUGGAGCGGCUCUCUGUGGACUACGGCAAGAAGUCCAAGCUCGAGUUCUCCAUCUACCCAGCCCCCCAGGUCUCCACAGCUGUAGUGGAGCCCUACAACUCCAUCCUCACCACCCACACCACCCUGGAGCACUCUGACUGUGCCUUCAUGGUAGACAAUGAGGCCAUCUAUGACAUCUGUCGUAGAAAUCUUGAUAUCGAGCGCCCAACCUAUACCAACCUUAAUCGCCUUAUUAGCCAGAUUGUGUCCUCCAUCACUGCUUCCCUCAGGUUUGAUGGAGCCCUGAAUGUUGACCUGACAGAAUUCCAGACCAACCUGGUGCCCUACCCCCGCAUCCACUUCCCUCUGGCCACUUACGCCCCUGUCAUCUCUGCUGAGAAAGCCUACCAUGAACAGCUUUCUGUUGCAGAGAUCACCAAUGCAUGCUUUGAGCCAGCCAACCAGAUGGUGAAGUGUGACCCUCGCCACGGUAAAUACAUGGCCUGCUGCCUGUUGUACCGUGGUGACGUGGUCCCCAAAGAUGUCAAUGCUGCCAUUGCCACCAUCAAGACCAAGCGCAGCAUCCAGUUUGUGGACUGGUGCCCCACUGGCUUCAAAGUUGGCAUUAAUUACCAGCCUCCCACUGUGGUCCCUGGUGGAGACCUGGCCAAGGUCCAGCGGGCUGUGUGCAUGCUGAGCAACACCACGGCCAUCGCUGAGGCCUGGGCCCGGCUGGACCACAAGUUUGACCUGAUGUACGCCAAGCGUGCCUUUGUUCAUUGGUAUGUGGGUGAGGGCAUGGAGGAGGGAGAGUUUUCUGAGGCCCGGGAGGACAUGGCUGCCCUAGAGAAGGAUUAUGAGGAGGUGGGUGUGGAUUCUGUUGAAGGAGAGGGUGAGGAGGAAGGAGAGGAAUAUUGAUUGCCUUUCCUUUGAAUACCCCGCAGCAUGUCCUACUCCAGAGUCUCAGCUUCAGCAUUAGCUGACAGGCAUCAAAGCUUUCUGGUCUAAUUGUCUCCAUUUUCAGCUGUGAAUCAUGUCUUUUUACAUGUGUUUCUGUAAGAUUUGUUUGCCAUCAUGUCUCAGUAAAAGCUUUAAAAUUCAAA